CGGUCACACUGAUAUUUUUCUCCCUCUUCUCACGCAUUUUGCUUUUCCCCCUAUAUAUACCCCACCCUUUCCCACUUGCAACUUUUGAUAUAGAAACUGAAGCCGCAACAACCCUUGCGCUUCGCCUCCGCCACACUCGUCGGAAAACACUCACCUCACCGGCGUAUCGUCGCCAAAUAAAUAAUAUAAUAAAACCCGCGUCGUCACAGCGGGUUGGACGUUGGAGUGAACUAAAAGGAAGAGAGGGCUAUAAGUGGAUCCAUAUUUUUCGAAUUUCAUAUUACGACGUCGUUAUGGGACUGAAGGUUAUGCAAUUGUCGCAGCCUGUUCUUCCUCAUUCUCCCUCCUCCUCGCAAACCCUAGCAUCGGCAAUCUCUUCCCCUUCGUCGCGCACCCUAGUGUGCAGGUUCGUGCACCGCUCCAGUUUGUUUCCCUCCACGCGCUUUCUUCGCAGGUCCAAGUCCUUUGAUCACCACGCGCUCUCCACGCGCGGGGGGAGGGGUAUACGCAGGGCGUGCAGCGCCAGCUUGGAGCCUUUUUCUGAUGAGGAGUUCGCCAAGAAGAUUGAGGAUUUGGCGCUCAAGUUUCAGCUCUCUGAUUCCAAUGCCAACGAUUCGGAUUCCGACGCCGAGGACUUUGAGCCGCCUGAGAUUAUUCCGGCCAAUAUUGAACGGAAGGCGAACAGCGUAGAGCUUCCGUUUUCGCUGAGGAUCAUAAAGAAGAAGCUGCAGUGGAAGGAGGGGUUCAGAGAGGCAGGGGAAUCCGCCUAUUGCUCUGUCAAGAAAGCCUUCUCUUCCAUGGUUUUCAUCAUAAGGGAACUCCAUAGCUUCACUCUGCAAAUGAGGGAGGUUCUUUUCUACGAGGAUCUGCAAGGGAUUCUCGAAAGGGUGCAGAACGAAAUGCACGCCUCCUUCGUCUGGCUCUUUCAGCAAGUUUUCUCUCACACGCCAACUCUAAUGGUGUAUGUUAUGAUUUUGCUCGCCAAUUUUACAGUUCACUCAAUGGGGCACGCCGCCGCCAUCGCCGCCGUGUCACCGCCUUUGGCGGGGACCUCCGUCUCCGCGGAGUCUCAAGACCAGAAGGGUCACACUCACACUCACAACAUUGACUCCUCCGCCGUGAAGACUUUCUCUGUUUCGAAAGGGAAAAACACCGCCGCCGUCGGCGGCGGAAAUGGCGGCGGGGGAAAGUUCCGACCGGUGUCGAGCGGGACCGACGGGGAUGGCCGGUUUGACCGGUCGGACUGGUCGCCACAUGGGACGGUUUUCUCCGACAUGGGUACCUCGUCACAGGUUUGUAAAACAGGGGAUAACACAGAGUCGGUGUUGGGGCAGGAAGAAGAAGAGGCGAAGCUGUGGGAUUCGAUGGUUGAAGAAGCUUCGAAAAUGGAGGUGGGUUUGGAUCGUGAUGCCAUGAAACGGUUCGUUUCGCCGGUGACGGCGAGGAUCGAAUCCGAUGAUUAUGCAGAGUUUCUCAGAACAGAGCUUGUGUAUCAAACGGGGUUGUCUAAGGACCCUAACAACACUCUUCUCCUUGCCAACUAUGCUCAGUUUCUCUACCUCGUUGCACACGAUUAUGACAGAGCGGAAGAGUACUUCAAAAGGGCGAUAGAGGUGGAGCCACCAGACGCGGAGGCAUAUAAUAAAUACGCCACCUUUUUAUGGAAAGUGAAGAACGAUUUGUGGGCUGCAGAGGAGACUUACCUGGAGGCCAUUUCAGCUGAACCUGAUAACUCCUUCUACGCUGCUAACUAUGCUCAUUUUCUAUGGAACACUGGUGGUGAAGACACGUGCUUCCCUCUCUCCUCCCCUGAUAACUCCCAAGAAGUUUAAGUUUAAUCAACAAAAACAAAAUCAAAUUGCAGAAAGAUAUAGAGAAGAAAAGCAAAAUAAAAAAAGAGAAAAUUUUGUAGCUUAUAUCUUUUUCUUUUUCAUGUUACAUUUUUUCAUUGGGGUGGGUGAGGUGAAGAGCCACGAAGGAAAUGGGUUAUAAUCAUAUUGUAUCACUCUUGUAAAUUGUACAUAACUUUACGAUAUGGCUCUUUCUUAGUUUGAUGGGCACUCUUGCAUGUUAAUCUUGGAAUGAGUCAUGAAUUAGUUUGCACAGUUAUAAUUAUAAUAACUAUGUGGAUGCGAAGAAUGGUUAUUGCUUGGUACGUUGGCAUCAAACGGCUAUGCGUUUCACUUGGAGUGUGAAUGGGGAAAUGGAUCAGUGACUUUGAGUCAUGAGUCAUCAAGGCAGUUUCAAGAAGGAGGAUUUGCUUUUGCACAUAUUAUCUUUCUUAUCUUUCUCGUUUUUAUUUUGGAUAGUAGUGUCACAUGGUAAAUGUAAUUAAUCUUUCUUUUUUAGUCAAUAUGAUGCCUUUUUUGGUUUAUGAAAAAUUUAAAAUGCUUUAUGAAUUGGCGACGAGGUGCUCAUUAUUCACGUGGGAUAUUAGGAUUAAAAUAUUUUGUUCUGUUUACUUUAUUAUUGAAAUGAUCUCAUUUGCUUAUGUAAGCAGUUUUGUUGGAUUCUCGACAAUGAUCUGUGGUUGAGGUCUUUCUGAUCAGAGAAUCAUCAAUGAUGAAGUGAAAGAAAGCAUAUGGUGGGUGAAAUCAAUGAAUGGCUGGAAACGAAAGGAAGGGAUAUUUUGAAGGUUCAGAAAAGCAUUGAUAUAUUUCUGUGAUUUCCUUUUUCAUCUUCCAAUUA